UAUAAACUUUCAUUAAAAAAAGGACUCUACUUUGGAGCUUUUUUGUUAGCGUGGAAGUAUACUCUAUUUCCAACUAUAAUCGGCGACGCAAAUCUCGACAAAAUCGAUCAGACCGAAGAAUCCACGGCCACCGGCGAAGCUUGCAAUCCCCCGAGCUAUGGCGGCGAAAAGAGAGAAUGGAUCAAUCCUGCAAUUCGCGCCGUUUCAGAGCUCCGUCGACGAGGGUUUCUGGCACAGGUUGUCUUCUUUGAAGCUGAACAAGUUUCGAAUCGACGAUUCUCCCAUACCCAUCACCGGUUUCUACGCGCCUUGCUCGCAUUCUCAAGUGUCAAAUCACUUGACUCUGGUUGCUGAAUCUCUGCCAGCUGAUGAAGAUGAACAAUCUUCAGUGCCAGCCAUUGCUAGCGGAAACAGGAAUCGGUGUUCUGUCCCUGGCAUUCUGUACAAUACGAAUACAUUGGAAGACUUCCGUGCUUUGGAUAAGAAGAGUUUGCUAAAGCAGGAAGCCAAGAAGAUAUGGGAAGAUAUCCAAAGUGGGAGAGCGAUGGAAGACUCUGCUCUGCUAUCGAGGUUCCUUGUUAUAUCAUUUGCUGAUCUGAAAAAAUGGAGCUUUCAUUACUGGUUUGCUUUCCCUGCUUUGGUGCUUGAUCCUCCUGCAACGAUGGUAGAAUUGAAGGCUGCUUCUCAGUGGUUUACAUUGGAUGAGGCUGAAUCUGUAUCGAAGGCUUGUAAUGAAUGGCGCAGCUCAAACUCCACAGCUGGUGUGCCAUUUUUCUUGGUCUCAAUUGCUUCUGAUUCCCGUGCCUCGAUUAGGCAUCUAAAGGACUGGGAAGCCUGUCAAGGUGAUGGUCAAAAGCUUCUAUUUGGUUUUUAUGACCCUUGUCAUCUUCCGAGCAACCCUGGUUGGCCCCUUCGCAAUCUUCUGGCACUGAUUUGUUCGAGUUGGAAUCUCAAGAGUGUCGACUUGUUUUGCUACAGAGAGAGUCGUGGUUUUGCUGAUCUUGGGUUAUCCCUUGUUGUUGGUGGUAGUCUAACUGGUCUGCAAUUUCAUAGGGAUCAUAAGGACCUACCUAAUGCAGUAGGUUGGGAGCUUAACAAAGAUAGAGCUGUUCCGAGGUCUAUUACCCUUGCUAAAUCAAUGGAUCCAACUAGGCUGGCCAUAUCUGCAGCUGAUCUAAAUUUGAAACUGAUGCGCUGGCGUGCUCUUCCUUCGCUUGACUUAGAUAAGUUGGCUUCUACGAAGUGUCUUCUUUUGGGAGCAGGGACCCUCGGUUGUGAGGUUGCUCGAAGGCUCAUGGCUUGGGGCGUCCGUAAGAUUACACUACUCGACAAUGGAAAGGUGGCUAUGUCUAAUCCACUGAGGCAGUCCCUGUAUACAUUUGAUGACUGUCUUAAUGGUGGUAAAUAUAAAGCCUUGGCAGCAGUCACAAGCCUCCAGAGAAUAUUUCCAGCUGUUGAGGCUGAAGGUGUUGUCAUGGCUAUACCGAUGCCUGGGCAUCCAGCCACUAGCCAAGAAGUGGAUGGAGUAAUAGAUGAUUGUACUCGUCUGCAUAACUUGAUUGAUUCUCAUGACGCAGUCUUCUUAUUGACCGAUACGAGAGAAAGCAGAUGGCUUCCCAGCCUUCUUUGUGCAAAUGCUAACAAGAUCACUAUAACUGCAGCCCUAGGGUUCGAUAGCUUCCUUGUAAUGCGGCAUGGACCUGGCCCUUUGCCCAAUGCCUCAAAAGCCGACGCUGCAAAUGCUCUGUCUGAUGAGAUGGAGAGCCUCGCUUUAUCCAAUAGAGAACAGCAGAGAUUGGGCUGUUACUUCUGCAAUGAUGUCGUCCAACCAACCGAUUCAACAUCAAACCGCACUUUGGACCAACAGUGCACCGUUACACGUCCAGGACUCGCUUCCAAUGCCUCAUCUCUCGCUGUCGAACUCUGCGUGAACAUGCUGCACCACCCUGAUGGGCAUCUGAUCGAACAAUUACCGUUUUACAGGACAUUUGCUUGUGUCGACAGUGAGCUGGCGCUUGGCAUCUUGCCGCAUCAGAUUAGAGGUUAUCUCUUCGAUUUCUCGCAGAUGAAGCUCGUGGGGCGCUCCUUCGAUAGGUGCACUGCUUGUUCCUUGACAGUUGUGAAGGAGUACAGGGAAAGAGGGUUGGAAUUCCUUCUUCAAGCAAUCAACCAUCCUACCUACUUAGCUGAUCUCACGGGACUUACAGAGCUCACCAAGUCUGCCAACUCGUUCGACAUAGAUUGGGACGACGAUGGCGAUGACGACGGGUUUGCUGACAUAUGAUUUAAGUUACAGUACUAUACAGCAAUUCGUUACUGUAGUCAGGAUCCAUUGUUUGUUGUGCAUAACAGGUAGGUUAACGUUCAUUUGUUUAAAUUUUCACCAUAACUGGUGGCCGUUGUUCCUCCAGUGUACAAUUUACAAGCUGUUUGUUAUAACAUUGUAUGUGAUGAUCCUCUCGGCUAAUGGCUAACAGAUUCCUUUUGCACCA